UAAACCCCAUUCCUCUUCCUUUCUCUCUGUCACCACUUUCCUUCUUCUUUCCCCCCUAGGGCUUUCUUAUAAAACCCUCCACCGCCGCCCCGCAACUUGCUCUCUUAAAUCCCCAUAAAUCAACAAUUUCUUCUUCUCCCCUCCAGCCUCGAAUUCCAAUUCCCCAAAUCUAAUCUCUUUCUCAAAAACCCAAUUCAAAGAUCCGAUCACCCGAACCCGGGAAAAACCCCUGCAGAUCUCCAAUUUCAAUUUUGCUCAAUUUCCCUCUGCCGCCGCCAUGAAAUCGAAAGCAGGGCAGAAUCGGAACGUGUUCGUCAGGAUAAUUACUUGCCCAUUUCGGGUGCUGGGCAGAGCCAGGGAUCUCUACGUCAGAAGCUUGACGGAAUGCGCCACCGGAGCCAGCCACAACCCCAGCCGCCGCCGCGUCCCUUACCACCCCAGCCAGUACAGCUCCCUGCCCCGCAGCCUCAGCGCCGCCUCCUCCAUCUCCAACAACGACGGCGAGGACCUCCGGGAGCUCAUGAGGGCCGCCUCCGUCCGGGUCUACGGCCACAAGAACGAGGCCGAGAUGUACGUCGAGCAGCUGCGGCAGCUCAGGCAGCAGGAGAGGGAGGCCGCCACCGCAGGGCCGGGGAAGGUUCUGCCCAAGAGUGUCAGCGUCGGGAUGGGAUUCAUGGGGAGGAUCGACGAGGACAAGGCGUGUGAGGAGUUUGAAGAGGGCGCCGCCGCCGCCGACGGAUCCACCGGCGGCCGGAAAAGUGACGUCAGCAAGAAGGCGGAGAAGUAUCCGCGGAGCAAGAGCUACGCGCCUGCUUCCAAACGACUUGCCGUUUUUUAA